AUGGAGUCAAGGUUUGGUAUCAACUUUCAAGUGAGUGAGCAUAUUGAUAUUUAUGAUAUCGUUCAAAAGCGUUGGUUUAAUGGAGAAAUAUUACAAAUAGAUCUUUAAAACAAGAAAAUAAAGGUCCAUUACUCAAGAAUGAGUAAUUAAUAUGAUGAGAUUCUUGAUUUUAAUACUGAUCGAAUUCAAAAAUAAUGGAAAAAAGGAAUGCCAUUUAAAUUAGGAAACAGAUUAGAUAUUCUUGAAAUAUAGAAUCAUAAAUGGAUGGAAGCCACAGUAGUCGAAAUUAGUCAUGAUUAAUAGAAAAUAAAAGUACAUUAUAAGGGAUAUGCCAGCAAUAAGGAUGAAUUGGUAGAUGUGGUUAAUGAAGCAAAUAGAAUAUUGGAAGUUGGUUCCAUAUCUGAGGCAGAAGGAUGGGCUAAAUACUCAUCCAGGCACUAAUAAGAAAUCCAAGAUGUUAAAAACAUAUUUAAGCAGAGCAGUGCAAACUUUAAUACAUCAAGCGGUAAUAGCUGGGGAAUGCAAACCCCGUCUCAAAUUGAAUAGGAAAUGAAGAGUAUUGACUGGCGAAAAGAGGAUGAAAAGUUUGCCAAAUUAUUGUAUGAAAAGAGACUUCGUAUUAUAGAGAUGGGGAGAGACGGCAAUUGCUUAUUCAGAUCUAUAGCUCAUCAAGCCUAUGGAGAUGAGGAUGAGCAUAAAAUGGUUCGAUAAAAAUGCAUGGACUAUAUUCUCAGUGAAAAGGAGUAUUUUAAGGAUUUUAUAAUUGGUGGAGGCGAAUAAAAUGUAGAAGCCUAUGUUAGUCGUAAAAGAAUGAAUACAGUAUGGGGAGACGAUGUAGAGAUUUAGGCUUUAUCUGAAAUUUAUAAUAGACCUAUAGAAAUUUACGCUUAUAGUAGCGAACCAAUGCGCACCUUUCAUGAAUAAGACGGCUGUAAUGAACCAUUUAAGCUGAGCUACCAUGGAAAAUCUCAUUAUAACUCAAUUGUUCCAAUGAACUGGACUUAUGAAAAAGUUUUUGUCUCAUCAAGUCCAGGUGAGUUAGAAAACGAGGCUAUAAAAAUGAGUAAACUAAGAGAGGAAUAGACAACUGAAAACCAAAAAAGUCUAAGUAGAGAAUAAAAAAUCUCUGAGUAAAAUAUCCGCAUAAUUGCCUAGACAAUCAUGAGGUCUAGAGAGGAUUUCCAAAUUCAAGGUAAGAAGGAUAUGGAAUAAGUGCUACUUGCUUCUAUUAAGGAGAUAAAUUCGACCAAGAGAGACAUUGAAGGUGAAAAUGUCUAAAAAGCAAUGAUGUAAAGCUAGCUAGAGUAGUCUGAGGAAGAAUUGAUUAGAUAAGCAAUGGAAUAAAGUUUAUAGGAAGAGAGACAAAGAUAUAAAGCUGUUAAGAAGCCAGGUGAUAGUAUUAGAUAAGCAGAUAAUAUUCUAAAAAAUAUGGAUUUAACUGAUGCCUUGAUGUAAACAUUUCAGGCUGUAAACAAUAAUAUGCCCUAGACACAGCAUAAAACUGGCGGAUUAAGUAGUAAUACAGACUUAGGGUUAAGUCCUGGAGUAAUUUUCGCCAUGUAAAAUGGAUUUUCAUAUGAAUAAGGUUAUGAAGCUGUCUUAAGUGCAGGUGAAAAUCAGGAUUCCAUUUUGAAUUAUUUAUUCAAUAAAUAUUGUUUGUGA